AUGAUAAUUGAUGAUAAUGAUAAUAAUAAUGACAAUGAUGACGAAGACGGCACUUCACCAAAAAUUUCUGGUGCAUGCAAGAAAUUGGAAGCAUUUUUAAAUACGCCAUCGAAGCAAAAUCGAAAUGUCGGAAAAGACAGUGAACUGGUCGGCGGUAAAUCUGAAAAGGAUGGUGCUAGUGUCGAAAACGACUAUGAUGAUGAGGGAAAUGAUGAUGAUUAUGAAGAAUUCUCCACUCAUAAAGUGAAAGCUACAAUAAGCGAAGCGUAUGCUUCUCCACUGAAGCCUAGCAAACCGAUCGAAUUCACUGGAUUUAUUGCUCUGGGAUUGCUAGGCAGUGGACACAUGAGAAUUGAUCUAUAUAAUGAUGAUGUAGAAAUGCAAUGGUCACAUGUAAUCGGAUUGGAAGAUACUCUUUCCAAGCCGGACAAGAAACAGGUUAAAUAUGUUGCCGUGGACGAAAAGUCGCAGAGUAAACAAGUAAUGUUGGAAUUCGCGAAUGAAAUAGAAUGUGCAAAGGCAUAUCUUGAUCUCGAAGAGAGGAUGCAUCUUUUGAAAGAAUAUUCGGGUCAGGAUUCGGAUCAGGAAUAA